ACGUUCUCAAGCUCUGGAGGAAGCAGGUUUCCCGAAAGUCAGCUGCGGCGGCCCCGGCGGACAGGACAGGGUCUAGACCGCUCGCCAUUUUGAACCUGGCCUUUGGGGAGUAAUACGCGUAUUUAUCACUCAUAAGGUUUUUUUUUUCUUUAUCAGAGAGGACAGCUCUCCAUGAUGAUGGAAAUGGAGGUGAUGCAUUCAACCCAGCAGGACAUGGACCUCAUAGACAUUCUGUGGAAUCAGGACAUUGAUCUUGGCGCCAGGCGCGAGGUGUUUGACAUUAACCACCGUCAGAAAGAGCAUGAGCUGCUGAAGCAGCGGAAGCUUGAGGAGGAGAAGAGGCUGAACCUGAUGCGGGAGCAGGAGAAGGCCCUGCUGGCGCAGCUGCAGCUGGAUGAGGAAACAGGAGAGUACAUACCCCGCCCACCACCCAGCACUCCUCUGCAGCCAGGUGUCACACCCCUGGAGGUUACUCAGAAUGGCGACUUCACGCAGGAGGCAGGUGACAGCAUGUCUUUUGAUGAGUGUUUGCAGCUGCUGGCAGAGACAUUUCCUGUAGAGCACACUCAGACUCCCUCAGUUUGCCUGGACACGCCUGCUGUUUCAGUACCCGCCAGCAGCAACAUGAUGAUGUCCCCAGAGCAGCCGGUUCUGUCCACAGCCACCCUCUCCUCAGGUCAGCCGACUCCGUCACAGGGGAUGUCUCCAGAUCUGGAGGAGGCCUGGAUGGAGCUUUUGUCCCUCCCUGAGCUGCAGCAAUGUCUGAACAUGCAAAUGGAAGACACACUGCAGACCACAACAUACCCUCUCCCAACCAGCGCUGAAGCACAGACUCCAAGUUAUCCUAACUAUCCCACAGUCCAAACUCCUAUUUUCAACCCCCUGACCAGCAUCAACAAUGUCAAAACAAACAAUCUGAAUGUUGGCCCCGCAGAGUUUAUGAAUACAUUUGAUGGCUCUCUUCCCACCGUGGCUCCAUCGGAUGCUUUCAGACAGAUGAAGGUAGAUGCCCCUCAGCUAGAUACAAGCUUCAGUGGAGAAGGUUUUGGUGGGGUGUUUUAUCCUAUAACCGAACAGGUUGAGUGCAGCAGUCGGCACGGCCAAGAAGAAAAUGAAAGAAUGUGUGACUCCCCAAGCAAAGCUGCCUUUACGCACAUGGACCUUUACAGCCUCUCCCCUGUAGAUUCGAUGGACAGAAGUAAACCGAAUCUGACAGCAGAACAUCUAGACUCGGAUUCGGGAGUCUCCACUAAUGGAAGUCCAAAUGCAAGGUCACCGGGCAUAUCUGUGUACGAAAGUGGGUCGUUUAGUUACAGUGAUUCAGAGAUGGAAGAGAUGGACCAGAACCCUGGCAGUGCAGAGUCAGACUACUCUGAGAUGUUCUCAUUGAAUUUUGAACCUGAUCACUUUAUGGCAUCAGAUCCGGCAUCAGAAGUGACUGGGCAGCCACAACAGCAGGAAAAGAAACCUAAACAACACAAGCUGGACAUAGCAGAGGAGAGGGGCCAUGACGACGCUCCCUUCACCAAAGACAAACCGAAAAAACGCUCUGUGCGUCUAACCAGAGACGAGCAGAGGGCCAAGGCCCUCAGCAUUCCUUUCACGGUCAACAUGAUAAUCAACCUGCCUGUUGAUGACUUCAACGAGCUGAUGUCUAAGCACCAACUGAACGAAGCCCAGUUGGCCCUGGUCCGCGACAUCCGCCGCCGGGGCAAGAACAAGGUGGCCGCACAGAACUGCCGCAAGCGCAAGAUGGAGAACAUCGUGGGCCUAGAGGGUGAACUGGACUCGCUGAAGGAGGAGCGAGAUCGCCUGCUGAAUGAGAAGAGCAAGAACACGAAGAGCCUGAAGGAAAUGAAGCAGCAACUCAACAGUUUGUAUCUGGAGGUCUUCAGCAUGCUGAGAGAUGAAAAGGGAAAUUCUUACUCUUCGUCGGACUACUCCCUGCAGCAGUCCACUGAUGGCAAUGUCUUCCUCGUCCCUCGCAUUAAAAAGACUUUCAAGAGCGAAAAAAAACACUUGUCUCAUCUGUAGCCUGGUACAGCAUCAUAAUAGGAUACUAUGCAAUAACUUUGUAUUCACUCAGCUUUAAACUUUAGCAGCUUGACAGAACGGUUGUAGUUUCUGCUUACUCCUCUUGAAUGUUGCAAUGGUUUUUGAUAUUUUACUUUUAUACUCUUACAUCCUCACAGAUUCUUUCACCAAUAUUUUGUAAAUAUAAACAUUAAGUGCUUUUGAGAUUAAGAUUGUUACUGUACCUGUGGGUGUGUGUGUAUAUAUAUAUAUAUAAAGUGUGUGUAUAUAAAUAUAGAUAUUUCUGUAUGCUCAUGAUUGUUUAAAUCAUUAUUUCUUUUAUAAUUUCCCUCUGACUUGAUGCCCAGCUUCUUUUUUAAAUCCUGUCUUCUAUGCUUUUAAAUAAACUAAAUACGAAAGUGUA